AUGGCCAGCUCAAAUAAUAAGAUCGCUCUCCGACAAAUGCCCCAGCUCGCCGAGGCUGUGGAGCAGGACGACGACUGGACCGGCGUCACGAACGCCGCAGUACGGCGGAGGAGACAGAAUCGACUCAAUUCGCGAGCUUUCCGUAUGCUUUCUUGCCCCCUCGAAUUGAACCAGAGAGCACGGGAGCCGGGUGACUCUCGUGGUUGCCUUCGCCCCGGGUUGUCGAGGCCUGAUUUGCUGACGCUGAGAGGGGUCUUUACGCAUGUAGGGCGACGGAAGGCGUUGGAAGCAGCGAGGUCACAACCAUCCCAGACGUUGUCACGCUCUCGGUCCCAAACCCGCCAUCCUCCCGGACCACGAGCCAAAAACAGUCACUCCAGCAGGCGGGAAGAAGACGAAGUACAAGGCAAGGAGGCGGAGGGCGAACCCCUCGUCCCAUGCUGGAUCGAGGCUCAUCAAUCCAUCACACUUUUAACAGCCUCUAAGCUCGCGAACCGAUUCAGAGGCACCAAGAGAGCAGGGCUGCUUCCGUAUACGACGACGCCAACGAGGCUCAACCAGGUCGUUUUCCCCCUCUCCUCGGACCACCUGAUCACCUUGCUCCAGUACAACGUCCUCCGCGGCUGUCUGGAGAACAGACGACUCCUCACGGACGCAUUCCGGCUCUGGGACAACGCUGUCCGGCCCGUCUACGAUCGUACUAGUACAGUCGGUAACGAACAUGAAGCUGAGGGGAGGGGUGAUGAAGAAUGGUCUUCGACAGCCCUGACCGUCCUCCCAUCCCCGGGGGGUGAUGACGACGCGGCACAUCUCUCCCGCCUGCUUCCUCGAUCCCUGCAUCCGACACUUCUGCAGCGCACAGUCCCGCACGCCGCGUGGAUCGACAUCCUCCCGCACCCGGUGCUGCGAGACAAUUUGAUCCGCGCCACAAUUUCGGCUCCAUCUUCAGAUGGAAUGACGGACUCGUUCGGAGCAGCAUUCCACCCGGACGCACUCUGGACCGACACGGUGGGCGACCUCUUCUUUGAGGUUGAGAGUGGACCGUCGUCGAGCCAGGGCUCAAAUUCGACCUCGCUGUCCGCGUCGGGGGACGCGUUCCACGCAUCAUCAUUAUCAUCAUCAGCGGAGCUAGUAGCAAUGGAUGGUGAAGCGGUAACUGAGGCCGUGUUCGCCGGUGGAAUAGUCUGGUCGCCGCCCUGGAAUGUCAGCGGGUGGGAGCUGUCAGAGGCCUUCUGGCGCAAGUACGGCUGGAUGAUGGAGGGGUGUGCAGGGGAGAUUCUGGACGCGACCAAUCGGUGGAGGAGGCAGAGGGGCGAGGGUGAGCUCCGGCUCGGCUGCAUGUCAGUCGAUUAG